CCCAAGCCAAGGAACAAGCUCAGUUCAUUCUCACUGCUCGUAAGGCACCGUCGACAUACAUAUACAGCACAAUAUUCCCGUCAUGUCUGUGUCACCACUUAUCACAUUCAAGGCUGGCAAGUGUGAGCUCGACGAUAGCAAUCCACCAAAUGUCAAAUGCUCCCCAACACCAGGCUACAUUUACCUUUACGUUGGCGACGAUGAACUCGUCCAUUUCUGCUGGCGUCCACGCUCCGCACCCGCCUCCGAACCUGAACUCGACCUGCUCAUGAUUCCUGGCGACGGUUCUUUCAUACCAUAUACUGGGCCCGCAAUAAGUGGCUUCACCUAUACACAGCGACCUCCUACAAAUGGUCGUAUCUAUGUUCUCAAAUUCAAUUCGAGCUCUCAGCGACAGCUAUUCUGGAUGCAAUCCAAGAGCCAGCACCCUGACGGACUGCCGUGCUACUUCAGCCCGAGAGACGGCAAGAUUGGUCAUAUUGUAGACAUGCUUCUUAAUGGAGAGGAAGUCGACGUCGCAGAUGAGCUACGAAAUGUGAACAACGAAUUCCGCUAUAGCGGCAGGUCGGUUGACGAUGACGAGACGAUGGAAGACGCGGAUGCACCGGACCGCCAGCGCCAUGGCAGUAGCAGUGGCGGAGCAGGUGCGGAUGCUACUGGUGGCGAUAUCAGAGAGGAAGGAGAGGGAUCUCGUGAGGGUGGGGCUGAUGGUGGCCGAGCUGCGGCGGGUCACUCCUCGACAGACGCAUCAACAGUCGUGCAGAACUUCCUGAACUCGCUUAAAGGAACCGGCAUGAGCUCUGGUGGUAGCCGACAGCAAGCAGAUAAGCCAUUUACAACACUUCCCGACCUCCUUGCUUCUUCAGUCACGCUACCAGUAAUCGAAUCCGCUGAUGAUACCUUACUCGACUCGCUAUGUUCCAAUCUUCCUCCAAUGAUUCUACUCUUAGCUCAAGAUAUUGAUGAUAUUGCUGAAGUAGAUCCCGCUUCUGAUACCGCGCAAGCCGCCAUUUCAGCGCUAAGCUCCGAUCAGAAACGAGAUAUCCUUAGGCGAGUGGCAAGAAGUCCGCAGCUGCAUCAAAGUCUUGGGAGCCUGACGAUGGCCUUAAGGGACGGUGGCCUACCAACUGUUGGCGAGGCAUUAAAGAUCAAGGUUGAGAAUGGAGGGUUUCGGGGAGCAAUGCCUCUUGGUGGUGGAGAGGCUGUAGAAGCUUUCUUAGACGGGGUGAAGAGGACUGUCCAAGAAGAGAAGCAACAGAACGAUAUGGACACUGAUUGAAGGUAGACAUCUACCACACCAAGCGAACCUAUUGUCAAGUGGUAUACCACUGCCCCAAACGAGCCUUCCAUGGACACCUGGUGGUCGAGACACAUGAUGGUCAAAUUAGAGAAUGCACCGUUCGACCACAUUGCAUACGUAUCGUAUUCCCUCUUGCGCCA